UCCAAUGUGUGUCUCCGCACAUAGGAAACUUUUUGCAUAUUCCCCGUGCGCAAGUUAGCCUUUUCUCAGUGCGUGUUUAAUCUUCACUGUCUGAUUCCCACCGGGCAACUGUAAAUUUCAUAGGACGCCCUCCAUUUGCACGCCGGGGCCGUGCUGAUGUUUACUGUAUUCGUUGAGAGGGAAGCAGAAGAGAGUGCAUGAGCCACAGAAGGGAUGCUGAGUAGAUAGCUGUGAUUAUUUUGGUAAUUGUUUUUCCUGUAGUCAAUUUAUUUAUUAGAUGUCUUGAGUUUAGACUGGAACUGCAGAUUAUUUUGCGGAGAAGGACCAAUCAGAAGACGGUUGGAUACUUGAGUUUAGACUGGAAUUGCAGCGUCACUGGAGACAGAAACUUGAGGGAGUGAGGAAGGGGACAGAGAAAGAAAAUGGAGGGAGUGAGGAAGGGGUCCACAUAGAUGUUGUGUAUUAGUGUAAUUAGGUGCUUGGGAAGGGUGUGAGAACGGAGGCAGCCAGAAGUGCAUGCCCAUGGUUUCGUGACUUGGCGCAGAGUGAAGCGUGGGGAGAGGGGGAGGUAGGGGAGGGGAGGGAGGAGGAGGAGGAGGAGGAGGAGGAGGAAAGCCGGUCCCGCACGAAUCUGACAUGGCGAUGGCAGAACAGGAAAGGUGGCGUAACUCGAUGCCCCCGUAUGUGCCGCUGGAUGGGCGAGUUAGUUGGGCAGAUAGCUCAGGGAGUGGGGAACGGAGAGGAGGGGGAGGAGGGGGAGGAGGGGGAGGGGGAGGAGAGGGAGGAGGACGAAACAUGGCGAUGGUUGACCGUAUCGAAUCGCGGGGCGUUAGUCAGGACCUCAGAGGUAGCGGGGGGGGGAUACGAGGGGGAGCCUAUGGGUCGGAGAUGACCGCAGGGCUGCCCGGGGUCGGCGUAGCGGGUAGCGUAGUGGGCAGCGCAGCAGCUGCUGCGCCACCGACGGGAAUGCCUAUUGGUACCCCUAUUUUUGGCUCCGUGUUGUAUAGUAGUGGAAUACCGCACCCCCCCCCUGUAAUGGCCCCACCAAGUACGGUGAUGGGGGGGGCAGGGGUAGGUGAAGGUGGUCGAACGUGGACAGGUGGGCUCUGUGAUUGCUGCUUAACCGAAUUAGGCGGCGGUUUUGGAGUUUGCUGCUUCACUUGCUGGUGUUCUUGCAUCACGUUUGGGAAGAUAAUGUCACAAACGGGAUUGGGACGUUGCGGUGCACAGGGCUGCGUCUUCUUCUGGCUGACGUCAGGCAUUUUUCUGAUUUUCUUCCUUAUUGCGACAUUUGUUCCAGGAGUCGGAAAACCACACGACUACAUGGAGUACAAUGACGGCGGUCUUCUUUACACUGUCUUUGUGAUAGUCCUCUGGCAGUUUUUCCCCUUAAAGCUGCUGGGCAUUCUGUUAAUGAUUGGGGGAUUUACCUAUGGAGGCUUCUGGAGACGCCGCAUCCGAAGGAAAUUUGGAAUUGUGGGAUCGGAAUGGAGCCGUUUCAACGAUUAUGCGAUACACAUGUGCUGCUCUGGCUGUGCACUUUGUCAGGAGGAGCGUACAGCUCGGUACAAUCGUUUGAAACAUGGACACUGGCAAGGUCCGGCGUUGCCCCACUUUGUGGGCGAAACUGUUAUGCUUGCUCAAGUAAACCUUCCUCCAUCUGGCCAUUUGAACCAGGGUAUUCCAGUAGCCACGGUGGUGCCACUGUAGCUGCUCCUGCGCGGGAAGGUGCAAAGUCGAGGCUAUUGAUUCAAUAACUACCGUCUUGCACCUGGACAUGACUGCAUCGAGCCACAAAAAAAAAAUAGCUCGUGAACAUUCGUGAUGAGGGUGCAUUGUGUUUUUCGCGGAAGACGGUAGGACUGGUCCCCUGGUCCCCACUCAGUACAAUCUGCAUCGACGUCAUUCCGAUAGCCGCGGCCCCUUCCACAGUGAUAGGUAAAGUAGCUCGUCAACAUAAUCAGCAUGGUGUGCGGACUCCUUUCAGUCCUCUCUCGACUUAUAGUUCUAUUCGGUAGUUCAAAUCGACUGUGGAUCUGCCAUAGCCAUAGCCAUAGCCAUAGCCAUAGCCAUUUGUCGACUGGGCUUGUAUAGUAUCGCAAGACUGCUCUGGAAACUACUGUCUUCACCCGAAUAGAAUGCCCGGUCAUUGGAGCUGUAUUUGGUGCAACUUUUAGUCCAGAUACGGCAAUAAUUACUGGGCGUUCUAUUCGGGUGAAGACGGUAGCCACUUUGGGUUCUUACAUUUUUCACAUCCUCAGCUUCAUGUGGCGUCUAUUAACAGAGCUAUGGCUAUGGCUAUGGCGGAGUUCAGUUAAGAAGCGAGUUCAAAAGAACAGGAGGUUUCAAGGAGCCCAGUGCCGCUGCUGUCGACGCCGGCAAAAUUCCUAGGCCGCUGUUGAUGACCAUGUGCCGCAGCGCCGAUUUGCGGGGCCUUGGCCAACCAGGAGUCUGAUGAAGAUGUGAGUUUCAAUGGCUGUGUCGAUUUGCCGGGCCUCGGCCAAUCAGGAAAUUGAUUAAGCCACCUGCAUCUCUGAAAGUUGCGCUCGUAUACAGAUUGGCUGCGGGGCAGAUGCACAGGCCUGCCUUCUGGACGGAAGGCUGAUUCAGCUUAUUAUCAAAUGAAGAUGUGAGUUUCAAUGGCUGUGUCGAUUGGUUAAAUCAGUCAUUUGCCGGGCCUCGGCCAAUCAGUAAUUUGGUUAGAUUCAUUCUUGACGAACUGUCGCCGUACGGAAGUGAUAGCCUGGAAAGGUUCGAUGGCCGUGUCGAUUUGCCGCCGGGCUUUGGCCAGUCAGGAUUUUUUUUUUUAUUACGCCACCUCCAGUACCUCUGGAAGUUGCACUCGUAUACCCAUUGGCUGCAGGAUGGAUGUACGUGCCUGCCAUCUGAACCAGGUUCAUUUCAUUCUUGACGACGAUCCGUCGCAGUACUGAAGUGUUCGCUGGGAAAGGCACCUUCUUUUUUUCCCAGCUCAAGUGUUUAAGAAAGAUGUAAGUCUUUUUUUUUUUUUUUUUGCAUUAAAAUCUAACCUAGCCAUUCUUUUUUUUAGUGACGUCCUUCUCGAGAGCGUGUAAAUUUGUAAACAGGACUCUCCUGUGACAUAAUGAUGCUACAGUUCUGAGUUUUCAUCUUUUUGAGUGACGUCACUCAGGGAUCUGCUCUGGUUACCAGAAAUGGAAUCGCACGGAGGAAAAUUUUCUUAAAAAAGUUCAAAAAAGUUGAAAUGGAAGAACUGUGCAAGAAGAACUGAGGAAGAAUGUGGAAGAAAUGGAUCGCACGGAGGAUGUGUUAGAAGAACUGUGGAAAAAUUUGCGAAAAAAAGGUAAAAAAAAAUUAAUAAAAAGUUUAAAAAGCG